UGGUGACUCCCCAUCCUUUCCCCCCUCCCUGAUCCCCACCAAGGGGGCAGGGGGUUGGGUGGCCUGGUCUAUAUAAUGCCAUGUGCCAUCUCCGUGUCUGUCAGAGAGACAGCGAUGACUGUGGCAGUGUGAGGAGGAGGCGGAGGCGGGAGAGCAGCACUGACUGCUGACCCGUUGCCCAUCUGCCCCUCCCCAACCUCCCCUCCACUCCCCGGCUUUUCCUCCUCCCCCUUAGGGUUGGAACAACAAACCCCCACCCCCUUUCUCAGGCCCUCCCUAUCUCUUUGCGUAACCCCCCCACCUGCUCUGUCCCUUUCCCAUCUGCGUCCUCACCCUUUCUCUGUCCCCUAUCUCUAUCCCUCUCUCCUCUCAUAGUAUCUCCUCCCCUCUCCAUCUCCACCUCUUCCCAUCCCUCUGUUUUUCCUUCUUUUCCCUCUCUUUAUCUCUCCUAUUCUCUUCUCAGGUCCCUAUUCAUUUCUCUCUUCCUUUCUGUUUUCCCAUUUUCAUUUCAUUCUGUCUUUCUCAUCCCUCCUGUUUCUAUCUCCUCUCUCCCCAUCCCAUCCUCUUUGUGUCCCUCCUGUCUCUGUUCUUUCUCUUCUUAAUUCUUCUCUCCCUUCAUCUCUACUUCUGUCCCUAACCAAGCCCCCUUUCUAUCUCUUCCUUCAUCUCCAACUCAUCACAGGCCUCAGCUUCCCCAGUCCUUAUUGCUCUACUCAUUCUUCCCUUGCCCAAAUCCCUGAGCCAUGAUGCUGUCCCCGAUGGUGGCUGGGGGGGUUGUGUUCCCGGGACUCUUCCUCCUUUCCAAGAACACGCUCCAGAGGCUGCCCCAGCUGCGCUGGGAGGAGGCCGACGCGGUCAUUGUCUCAGCCAGGUUAGUAUCCUCAGUCCAGGCUAUCAUGGCCUCCACAGCUGGCUACAUCGUCUCCACCUCCUGCAAGCAUAUCAUUGAUGACCAACACUGGCUAUCCUCAGCUUACACUCAGUUUGCAGUGCCCUACUUCAUCUAUGACAUCUAUGCCAUGUUCCUGUGUCACUGGCACAAGCACCAAGUCAAAGGUCAUGGAAAGGAUGAGGGAGGGGCUGGCCCCCCAGGAGGCACUUGGGCUGUGGCCCGAGGCUACCUACACAAGGAAUUCCUCAUGGUGCUUCACCAUGCAGUCAUGGUGUUGGUCUGCUUUCCGCUAUCAGUGGUGUGGCGCCAAGGCAAGGGGGACUUUUUCUUGGGCUGCAUGUUGAUGGCUGAAGUCAGCACACCCUUUGUCUGCCUGGGCAAGAUCCUCAUCCAGUACAAGCAGCAGCACACCCUGCUGCACAAAGUGAAUGGUACCCUGAUGCUGCUGAGCUUCCUGUGCUGUCGAGUGCUGCUCUUCCCCUACCUGUACUGGGCCUAUGGGCAGCACGCAGGCCUGCCCCUGCUCUCUGUGCCCCUCAAUAUCCCAGUUCACGUCAACUUGGGGGCUGCCCUGCUACUUGCUCCGCAGCUCUACUGGUUCUUCCUUAUCUGCCGGGGAGCAUGUCGUCUCUUCAGGCCUCGGAGACCUGCCCCUUCAGCCCCCCGACAGCCUCCGGGACUGCAUGAUGGGCCCCGGGACUGAGGGGAGGGGGUGGGUGGGGGCACCCAUUCCCUCCAGGAAUUGGGCUCUGGGACUGAUGGGUAGGGAUGGGGACCAGGGGCCUCUCUAGUGGUCCUAAGCCUGGAGGAUUGGGAUGAAGAAAUUGGGGGGAAAGCUUCUCCCUGUAAGAUGAUAAAGGAAUGGAACAGGGACCAGGCUUAUAGGAAACAGCUACCUCUCUUGUUCCCAGGGUGCCUGGGACUAAGGGACAGAGGGUUUGGAAUGGCCAACGCCCUCCUUUGUGUAGGGACUAGGAACAUGGAAGUUAGGAGGCACCCUCCUACUUCUAUUACCCCAGGGAUACUCUUUUUUCCAACUGUAAUCUGCAGAGGGCCUAGAGGAGGGAAAUAAAAGAGGAAGGUGCCCUAUUUCACAGCAAUUAGGGUGGGAUGGAUUAGAGGGGGAGACUAACAGGGAUUCUAGAGGAUCAAGGAGUAAACAAAGCAGGGGAGGGCCCUCUUCUUUAUGCCAAGGACAAGCCCAUUUCCUUUCCCCGUAUGCUGUAGUCUAUAGGGGAAGGCAGCUCCUAACCUCAUGCAUCCCUCUGGGUGGGAGAGGUACCCCUAACCUCUUUGUGUCUCACCAGGGGAUAGGUUGGCUACCCCUUAGAGCUAGCUAGCUCCUCUCCUCCACAGGCAGCCCAGCAAUCUUUCCAGCCCCUUAGGGAUUUUAUUUCCCCAGGUUUGUAUUAGUUUCUUUGGGGGAGGCAGAAAUGUCCAUGCCACACACCAUCACCUGGCCCAGCCUCUCCAGUACAGAGUGCCCCACUUGGGGGAAGCUGGGGGAAGGGCUCUUGCAAGAGUUCCUUCAGGCUAUGUAAUUUGGCCUUCUUGCCCUCUCCCAUCUGUCCCUGGUGCUACAGACCUCUUGAGGCUUCCUCCAGAUCCAGGAGCAGGGGGAAUCCUGGGAGGCGCUAUAUAAAGACCGCUAAUAAAGAUGAGAUCAGCGUGAAUGCCACUAGGGCCUCAUCUCAAUCAUUUGGGGGAGAGGGGAGGGAGGAAUGGGACACAAGUUCUUAAAAGAAAGCAGGAGGAGCGGCUAGGUGGCACAGUGAAUAAAGCACCAGCCCUGGAUUCAGGAGUACCUGAGUUCAAAUCUGGCCUCAGACACUUGACACUUACUAGCUGUGUGACCCUGGGCAAGUCACUUAACCCCCAUUGCCCUGCAAAAAAAAAAGCAAGCAGGAGUUGGGGACAUGGAGCAUUGGAAUGAUAGGGAGAAAGAGAACAUGCUCUUAGGACAAUAGUCAUAGCAGGAAAUGUGUAGUUUUUAUUUAGUAGUUUGUAGAGAGGGUGAAUUAGGUUGUCAAGGAACUGCAAGCAGAGAUGGAUGGUCCAUCUCCUUAGGACCCUUUCUGGCAAAUCCUGGGGAGCACAAGAAUGAAUUACAAGCUAAGAAUGCCCAUCACUCCCUUCCCCAGCCAUAUGCCAAAGGACUCCCUUAGGAUAAGCAACAGAAAGAGGGUGCUGGGGUCAUGGAGUGGAAGUUGAGGGGCCUGGGUAGGGUGACAGGGCCUUACAUGUGGGUGCAAAAUUGGUAGAGGAUGGUGAUGAGGAGAAGGAUGAAUGAACCAAAUAAUAUUUGGUGCAAGAACCUGGAUUUGAAACCUAUUUGGGAGAGAGGAGGAAGAUUUAGAUAUUUUAAAACUAAACUUUGGAGUCAAAAAGACUCAAGUUGGCCUCCUUCCUGAGCCAGGUAAAUCACUGUACUCUCUGAGCCUUGGUUUCCUCAUAUAAAAUAGGGAUAAUAUCUAUUUCAAAGGGUCAUUGAGAGGAUUGAAUGAGAUACUAGUACAUAAAGUGCAAACCUUAAAGUGUUUUACAUGUCAGCUUUAGGGAACAAGUUACAUUUUUCCUUUUCCCCACUGGCACAUUCAAGAAAAGUGGGGACAAGGUGCAGGGGCACACACACAUACACAUAUACAUAUACAUAUACAUACACACACAUAUACACAUACACAGUUUAUAUAUGUGUGUGUGUGUAUAUAAAAUUUCAUAGAAUUUCCAUAGUUCUUUCCCCACAACAAAUCUUUGGGCCUGGUAAUACCAUCAUCCCCAUUUUGCAGAUAAGGAAACAGCUUCAUAGAAAUUA